AUGGCCGACAGUAUUAUCGCGCGUGGACAAGCCCUUCUCGAAAAUCAAAACGAUGCAUUGUCCAUUUUGCAGGUUGGGAUUUUCCAAACUGCCUUGAUGGAACUAAUAGAAUCGCCUUCGGGUCGUUACAUGGGGCAAAACUGGAAAACCUACGUGACCGCAAGCGCUAACAGUGUUGUUGACGUUGUUGAUAACGCAACCAAAGAUGCCACGCUUCCACUCGAUCGCCUCUCCGUCGGUAGAGGACUGUUGUACCUAUACGACGAAACUGGGACCAACACAUACAAGAAAACACUUGCUUCUCUGCGUACCUCAAUUGACCUCCAGCCGCGCAAUAUAUUCGGCGGACUGUGGUAUUAUGUCUAUCCAAAUUGGAGCUACUUGGAUGGGAUGUUCUCACUUUUGUCAUUCUACCCCUUGUAUACCGCCAACAUGGAUAUUGCCAACAUGACCGAGGUCAACAAUGACCUCUUCCAUCAGGUUGAACUCAUGUGGGAGCAUUGUCACGACAAUACGACGGGGCUCCUCUUUCAUGGAUAUGACGCAUCCAAGACCGCCUCUUGGGCCAAUUCCACGACUGGUGCUAGUCCAAUCGUCUGGGAUCGUGCCCUAGGCUGGUUCAUGAUGGGAUUGGUUGACCUUUUAGAGCUCCAGCUUAUGGACUCCCAGGUGUCGACAUGGCGUGCACGAUUCGUUGACCUUGCCAACGCUGUAGUCCAAGCCGUGGAUCCUGCAUCUGGCUGCUGGUGGCAAGUAAUGUCCUCCCCGGGACGAACAGGCAACUACAUUGAAUCUAGUGGGUCUGCCAUGUUCACUUAUUCCCUCUAUAAGGGUGUCCGACUUGGCCUUCUGCAAGACAAUAGCCCUCAGAAGCUCCCUUCUCGGGACUCCAUUGCUCAUCCCCGGGCAAAUUAUACAAGCGUUGCCACCCGGGCUUAUCGCACGCUUGUGGACAGAUUCGUUGUGGAGAACCAAGAUAGUACCCUAGGCUACAACGGAACAGUGAGUGUGUGCAGCUUGAACUCUACUGCUAGCUACGAGGUACGAACGAGAACGGGCAAAUCUGCUUGGUGA